CCACGGCGUCGAGAAGGGCGCCAGCACCGACAACUCAUUGGCCAGCUCCUGGAACUGACAGGACAGGAAGCCAAUGAGAACGCGGUACCGGGCCGAGGCCGCGUAACGUGCUUAAGGAAGAAGAGCCUUGAGCAGAGGACCAACUCGGAGCAGAGGAUUCGGGCUCUCGGAGCGCAGGUGGAGGAACUUUUAUUGCUCUUUAGAAGUACCAUAUAAUGAAUGAGCUAAAUUGUUGACCAAACACCAUUUUCAGAUAUUAAGGAAAUGAUCCAACUGUGUUGGAUGAAAAAAAGAUGACUUGAAUAAAGGGAGAGAUAGACGUCUUGAUCCUCAAACUAAAUAGAAAGCUUCAGGAAGGAAUGAAGGAUGAAGCUCUACUUAUAGCAGCUGCUCAAUAACCCCUAAUGAAAGAUGAGAAAGAAUUCCAUGAAGAUUCUACUAACCUAAGUAUUGGUAUUUGAUCUCACAGAGUAAAUUCUUUUUGAGAAGAAACUUACAUAUCCAGAAAUGAUUGAGAUUGAGCAGGCAGAGGCCCAGCUCUCUGAGUUAGACCUGCUGGCCAGUAUGUUCCCCGGUGAGAAUGAGCUUGUCGUGAAUGACCAGCUGGCUUUAGCAGAACUGAAAGACUGUAUUGAAAAGAGGACAAUGGAGGGACGAUCUUCAAAAGUUUACUUCACUAUCAAUAUGAACCUGGAAGUAUCUGAGGAAGCAAUGGUGACGUUUUCUCUGGCCUGUAUUCUUCCCUUUAAAUACCCUGCAGUUGUGCCUGAAAUUACUGUCCGAUCAGUAUCAUUAAGUAGAUCCCAGCAGACUCAGCUGAACUCAGAUCUGACUGCUUACUUGCAACAGAAUUUUCUCGGAGAUGUCUGUAUAUUGAAUGCCACAGACUGGGUUAAAGAGCACGCCUCUGGCUACAUCAGCAGAGACACCACAGCUUCCCUGGCUCCAGAAAGUACAGUUCAGCCAGUUGAUCUCACUCUCACGAGACUCUGGAUCUAUAGCCAUCACAUCUACAACAAAUGCAAAAGAAAGAAUAUUCUAGAGUGGGCAAGGGAGCUUGCCCUAUCUGGGUUUAGCAUGCCCGGGAAACCUGGUGUUGUUUGUGUGGAAGGCCCACAAAGUGCCUGUGAAGAAUUCUGGUCAAGACUCAGAAAAUUAAAUUGGAAGAGAAUUUUAAUUCGCCACCGAGAAGAUAUUCCUUUUGAUGGUUCAAAUGAGGAACUGGAAAGACAAAGGAAAUUUUCAAUUUUUGAAGAAAAAGUGUUCAGUGUUAGUGGAGCCAGAGGAAACCACAUGGACUUUGGUCAGCUUUAUCAGUUUUUAAAUGCCAAAGGAUGCGGGGAUGUUUUCCAGAUGUUCUUUGGUGUGGAAGGACAAUGACUGAGCAGAGGAGUAGUUGUUGAAAAUAUUUGUCAUUGUUGGCCUUUGGUUUUUUUCCCCACUCUUGAAAGAUUAAGUAAUUGCACGUUAGUCUCAUUCUAGAAUGUAGGGGGAAAAACGAGAAAGUAGUAUAGCUGAAAUGCAUCUACUAAAUAUGUCGUGAUUGAAAGCAGAAGUGAGUCUUUUUUUUUUUUUAAAGAUUGGCACCUGGGCUAACAACUGUUGCCAAUCUUUUUUUUUUUUCUGCU